GCAGGGCAAAACGAUUUUCCCCCUAGCCCCUCGGUAUCCAUUGUUUUGUACCAUCCCCUCCCCCAUGCCUAGGUAGAAGAAUAAGGACUCCAAAGCUGUAAUUCGCCCGCCUCUCCCCACUCUUCCCCCCAACCCCCCAGUCCCUCUCAGCAGAGGUUUGGGUUAACUGUGCAAGUAGGGGUUUACAAACAGGUGGAACGCUUGUCUAUUUGGGAAUCGGAAAGAUGAUGUUUUUGGGGUGCGUUUUUCAUCUGAUUUCACCUUUACACUUGGGAGAUUCGAUUUUCUCCCCAUCGGUUUGUAGCUUUAUGAGGUGAUGAAAAUAAAAGAGGAAACCCUGUUUUGCGACCUAUCCCCUCAAGUGUUUCUGAGGGCUCUGGGGAAGUAAAAAUUAGCUUACAACUGUGGACUGUUUGGUAUAUUGGUCUCCAGCAGGAUGCUGAGUCUGGGAGCUUACCCCUGUGUAAUCUUGUACACUCUUUGUAGAUGUCAGAAGUUCUAGCAUCUACCGGAAGGAUUGCCGAGUCAAAAACUUUGCUGUUUUUCAGAAUCGAAGGGUGGACUUGUGCAAGCAAGCGUUUUUGUGUUUAAGUCAUCAGCACUGACAAAGAUGUUUGGUUUUAAAGACCUACAUUUAUUAGUGCACUCCUCGUUCCUUUAGUCACCCAUCGUUGGCAUGGUCUUUGUAACUGUUCUUUGUUAUAUAUUUGAAGAAACUUAAAGGUUUAGCUAUUCACAAUGUGUAAUAUUCAAUAAGUCUACAAAUUAAGUUCCAACUAUGUUUGAAUUCUUCAAAUGUUUUAUUUUUCAUAUGAGAGUUAAAGAUUAUAGAAAUAAAUUACCUAAAUACUUAAAUCAUUCACCACAAUGGAGCUUAGGCUGAAUACUUAAAAACUUUUUAAGUAUGAAGUCUUUUAAACUUACUGAGACUCAAAGUAUUUUUAUUUUAGAUUGAGUGUGCAAAGUAAAAUAAAGGGUUUUGUCUAAGGUUUGUACCUUUCAAAGAUUAAAUAUGACAUAAAGGUAACAUGACAUCACACUCGUGAAAUCUCAGUUUGGAGUUAGUCUCACCUCACUCUAACCAAGUAUAUUUUCCCCAGAUGCUUAUUCAGUUUCCGAAGAAACUAUAUUUGUCACGGUUGGCAUUUCGGUUAUGAUAUUCUCAAUGUUUUUCUUUCAUUAUUUAGAAGUUAAUAUGGAUUGAAAAAUGGUAUAAAGAGAUACCUUAGUAUUUUGAAUCUGGAUUACAUUUUAGUUUGUUUUUCUAAGAUGUCAUGAUCAGAAAUUAGAUCAGAACUGAUUUUGGUCCUUGUAGCAAAUAUAGGUGGAAAGUUGGCGUGUGAACUUCAAAACAGUCAUAAAUUUGGAGCACUUCAUGUUUAAAUAAGAACAGGAAAAUUAUUACUUUUGAUGUGCUUGUAGAAACAUUAUCACAUUGGCUGAGGAUGUAGCUUAGUGGUAGAGUGUUUCCAUAACAUGUACAAUGCCCUGGGUUUGAUUUUCCUAGCCCUGUAUUAAGUACAUACACACAUACAUAGCUGUUUUUUAUGUGACUCAGAACAGGACAAUGGCUUUCCCUCUUCCAGUAGUAACUAAUUAUAUUCUAUAUGAGGUAACCUCAGGAUGGCGUCUGACUUGUUGCUGCGAUGUGAGCUUGUUUGUUCUUAUGUGCGUGAGUUUUGCCUGCAUGUGUAUAUGCAGCACAAGAGGCCAGAAGACGGCAGAUACACAGGAGUUGGAGUUACAGAGGGUUGCUGGUCCUCUAGAAGAGCAGCCAAUGUUCUUAAACUGCUGAGCUAUCUUUCCAGCCUCAAAUAUAAUUUUUUUGUCUUCUAUUAUCAAUAUCAAUUGUGGAUAAAAUUGGGAUGUUUUGUGCAAGUAAUGAAAUUUCAGUCAUACUUUUAAAAAUUUGCUGAAUUAUUUUUUGUAUAUUAUGUUUCCGAAAGGUUCUUGUUUUUAAAAAGGUAAUUCACAUAUAAAAAUUUUCUUAGACCGGAACAAAAACUAGACCUCUUGUGUAUAGAUCUAAGGGUGUGACUGUUUGGAGUGUGAAGAUGAAACAAAAGAACAUUUCUGAGGCUUAGUUGCUGUGCCCUUCAUCUGUCUUUCAAGGAUGAAGAAGCAUAAAAAAGUUCCCUCAGUGAGCUCUGAGGUUUGUAGCUUAGAUGUGGUGUAAGACUUCUGGAAUUUGUUUACAAAACUAUCUAAAUUAAGGGAGGGGAUUUAGAUAUUAGGAAGUAUCAGUGUUUAUUUUUAUUAGACUAUUAGUGAGUGGGUAAAUGUUUUCUUGUAAAUGAAUUGACACUGGCUAUAUAAUCUAGCAGAAUGAUAUGUAAAGUGAUACUUGAAAUGAGUCGUGUAAAUAAUUAGUUUGGUAGACAAUCUUGCUUAGUGUCAGACUUACCAUAGUUUGUGCAUUAGCUGUUUUGUAUCACAUCAUUUGUAACUGAAGGCUAAUGAACAAAAGCAUGAGCAUAACUAAGCAUCUGCUCUCUUUACAGUAUCCUAACUGCUAGGCCUUCAUACACGGGCUACACCACAUCAAAGCUGUGCCCUCUAGACCUUUUUAGAAGUAUUUUCUCGUAAUGAAGUAACUCCCAAUAUUCUUAUCUACUUGUCUAAGCUUGACUUUUAAAAUUUGCAGUUUCAUAAGUUACAAGGGACUGUGGUGUGCUUGGACUUGGACUGCUGCAUAGUAUCUGAAAUGUGCUUGUUAAUCAGUACAGGGUAGAGAAAACAUUUGGUGAGUCUGAAAAAAAGUAUUCUAAAAUAGGUACCCAUUUUAAAGUAAAAUAGUUUUUAUUCAGUGUAUUCUCCUUGUCCCUAACUUUUUAGAAAGGCAUUGUUAGUUCAGUGAAGCAAAGUUGGAACACAUAAAAAGAGUAUUAUAAUUACAAAGUGGUUUUAAGCUUUUGAGAUGAUGACAUGUGUUUCUUGAGUAAGUAUGUAGUUCUCAUUGUCAAGAUUGAAAGAGAACUAAUUAGAUUUCAUACUGUCUCAGUGCAAUUUAGGAUAGUCAGAAAUGAUAACAAAAAGUAAGGGCUCUUUUCUAGGGAGAGUGGACACACUGCUUGUGUCUAAACUACUGUUUAAAGGGUAAAGUUAGCCUAUUAGUAUACCUGAGAGUUUUAUGAAUUGUUUUUGUGACGUCUUUAUGACACUAUGAAUUUCUAAUGUUUCAAUAUAUUAGCCUCCAUUGCUAUCCAGAAGUUUUACCAUUUUAAUUAUAUAAUUUUAUAGCUGAUAAAUUUUUUUAUUAGGGUCUGGGGAGAUGGCACAGCCUUAUGUAGUCCAAGUUAGCCUCAGAUCUGAAGUAACAGGCUGGCCUGCCUGCAACUCAAGCCUCUGCCUCAGUUUCUGGAGUGUGGGGUUUUACAGGGAAUCCUAAUGAACUGACCAGCAGCAUUUUCACAAGUUGAAAUGAACAGAGAGCUUUUAGAGCCAACAUGUAACAGAUGGAUGUGAGCCCAAGGCCAUCAUCUUCAUGCCGACACUCUUGACUGGGUAGGAUCUGUCUCUUCAUCUUUGAUCUGGAUUGCUGGCAAAUAAAAGGAGUUCAUGUAGUGUUUUAGUUAAGCUUGAGUCACCAUGAGUAGUAGUUUAGGAAAAGAAAAAGACUCGAAAGAGAAAGAUCCCAAAGUACCAUCUGCCAAGGAAAGAGAAAAGGAGGCAAAAGCCUCUGGAGGUUUUGGGAAAGAAAGCAAAGAAAAAGAACCUAAAACCAAAGGGAAAGAUGCCAAAGAUGGAAAGAAGGAGUCCAGUGCUGCCCAACCUGGUGUGGCUUUUUCAGUCGACAAUACCAUCAAACGGCCUAAUCCAGCACUUGGGACUAGAAAGAAAUCCAGCAAUGCCGAGGUAACUAAGGAGCUUAACAAAUGCCGGGAGGAGAACUCAAUGCGCUUGGACUUAUCCAAGCGGUCUAUACAUAUACUGCCGCCGUCAGUCAAAGAGUUGACACAACUCACGGAACUUUAUUUAUACAGUAACAAAUUGCAGUCCCUCCCAGCAGAGGUGGGCUGUCUAGUCAAUCUUAUGACGCUGGCUCUCAGUGAGAAUUCACUCACCAGUUUGCCUGACUCUCUCGAUAACUUGAAGAAGCUGCGGAUGCUUGAUUUACGGCAUAAUAAACUGAGAGAAAUCCCUUCGGUGGUGUACAGGCUAGACUCCCUGACUACUCUCUACCUUCGCUUUAACCGCAUAACCGCUGUGGAGAAGGACGUCAGAAACCUGCCGAGGCUCAGCACGCUUAGCAUCCGAGAGAACAAAAUCAAGCAGCUCCCUGCCGAGAUCGGUGAACUGUGUAACCUCAUUACCCUGGAUGUAGCUCACAAUCAACUUGAACACCUUCCGAAGGAGAUUGGGAACUGCACCCAGAUAACCAACCUGGACCUGCAGCACAAUGAGCUGCUAGACCUCCCAGACACAAUAGGAAACCUGUCCAGUUUAAAUCGCCUUGGCCUGAGGUACAAUAGAUUGUCAGCAAUACCCAGAUCAUUAGCAAAAUGCAGCGCACUUGAGGAGCUAAAUCUAGAGAACAAUAACAUUUCUACUCUGCCAGAGAGUCUUUUAUCCAGUCUUGUAAAAUUGAAUAGCUUGACCUUAGCUAGAAAUUGCUUCCAGUUGUACCCAGUGGGAGGCCCAUCUCAGUUUUCCACCAUUUAUUCCCUCAACAUGGAACACAAUCGAAUCAACAAAAUCCCAUUUGGAAUUUUUUCCAGAGCUAAAGUGCUGAGUAAGCUGAAUAUGAAGGACAAUCAGUUAACAUCACUUCCUUUGGAUUUUGGAACUUGGACCAGUAUGGUAGAAUUGAAUUUAGCGACCAAUCAGCUCACAAAGAUCCCGGAGGACGUGUCUGGUCUUGUUUCUCUUGAGGUUCUAAUAUUAUCGAACAAUCUUCUAAAGAAGCUUCCCCAUGGUCUUGGAAACCUUAGAAAGUUACGAGAAUUAGACCUGGAGGAGAACAAGCUGGAGUCCUUGCCCAAUGAGAUUGCUUAUCUUAAGGAUUUACAGAAAUUAGUCUUGACAAACAACCAGUUGACCACUCUCCCCAGAGGCAUCGGUCACCUUACCAACCUCACACACCUUGGUCUCGGAGAGAACCUUCUCACUCACCUUCCUGAGGAAAUUGGUACACUGGAAAACCUAGAGGAGCUGUACUUGAAUGACAACCCCAACCUUCACAGCCUCCCCUUCGAGCUUGCCCUCUGCAGCAAGCUGUCAAUCAUGAGUAUUGAGAACUGUCCACUCAGUCACCUCCCACCUCAAAUUGUUGCUGGAGGGCCUUCAUUCAUUAUUCAGUUCUUAAAGAUGCAGGGUCCGUAUCGUGCCAUGGUCUGAUACAAACUGCUGGUCCCAUACACUGUUCAAAAUAGACUGCCAUUACUCUUUGGUAUCUGUAUCUGUGUCUGUGUGGAUAUCGAUCUAUGGCAGACUUAUAAAGACUGCAUUAUGUGUUUCUGCUAAUAGAGGAAUCAUAGCCAUUUAGAUUUUUUUAAUUCUGUAAAAAAAAAAAGGCUUAAUAAGUUUUCUUUGCUAAAUUUGAUGGGUGUUUUUUCUGUUGUGUAAUCUGAUAUGCCAGUUUGUUUAAAAAUCUUCCAACAAAUUAUGAAGUCACUAAAUUUAAGGGACAAAAUAGUAUAGUUAAAUAUAUGUUUCUCUUAGGCAAAUGUGGGCCAAAAAUUUUGUUACAUCUUUUCAUGUAAUUUCCCCCUAAAAUUGUCAGAUCUUUAUAACAGCAUAGACCCUGAAGAUAGAAUUUUUCUUUAACUUAUUUUGAAAUUUGAAAUUUAAAUUUUAUAUAUUGUUUACAAUCAGAGUGAAUCACUGGAUUAUUUUGAUUUGCUCUGUUUUAAUCAGUCACAUAAAGUUUAUAUUCUGUUAAAGAAUUUGCAUCAGUUAGUUUAAAUAUUAAAAGAUACUUUGUCCACACAGCUGGCAAACAGAAAAUAUACAUUUAGAAAUCAAAUUUUGACUAGUUUACUUCUCCAGUGAACUCGCUGUAAAGCACAUGCGUGCAGUGACUGUUGGGGCGGGGACCGACCUUCCUAGGAUAAGUAAGUUUGCUGCGUGGGAGUGGAGUCUAUGGUGAAAGGCCUUCUCUUCCCUUCUCUUCUUUUUUCCCCACUCCCAAAGUUGCAGAUCCACAAAAAUUUAACAAAAAUUUGGCAAGUAAAUAACACAUAAACACACAUUCUAUAUAUGUAUAUACAAUGCUAUAUAGAUAUGUAUUUAUUCUAUCAUAAACUACAAUAGGUAACUUAAAAGACUUCUUUCUCCCUCUACUUGUACAAUGAGAUGAAUGUCUCUAAGGUUAUUUAACAGUGUACUAUGGUUUUAUAUCUUGGCUCGCCUUGUCCAUCUUCUGUUGGGGAGUAUCUGUGUCUAAGCACAUCUUCACACUGUGCUGUAUUGCUGCUGAACUAAAUGCACUUUCCCCAUCCAUGGGGCACUGGCUUCAAACAAUUCAGUUCAGUACCAUUACUCAGUCUCAUCCUCUCGUCGUGCGUAGGUGGUAGCACAGGUAUGGAAAACGGCAUUGCACUGAUGCCAUUGGCAGUCUGUGGAAGUUAUGUAGGAUGUGCAUGGACUCUUUGAUAAUAGUUUCUUUUGCUUUACUGCCUUUAUGAAUAUCAACUGUAAAUGUGUGCCCCUUACAUAGUAUUCUUAUUUUUGGUAGUGUUUGUCUAGGUCAGUUUAAUUACUGAGAACACCCCCCGCCCCCCCUGAGCAAGUGCAUCCUAGAUACAGUCCUGAAACACACCUUCCAUGCAAUGAAUGACUGAGUAAAUAUUGCUGCUUGUUCUUCUGUUUUGCGCCCCCUCCCCCACUUUUGGGUAUUUUGUUCUAAACAACUAUUUUUAAAAAUUAAAACUGUAAUAUCAAGAUAAAAAUUUGGACUUUUGCUUUUCCUGGCACUCAAACUCAAGACUGGGUUUGAGGUCAAAUCUGUGUUCGUAAUUGGCAAAUUUGUAAGAAGCAAAUAAGAAACGGAAGGCAGGUAAAGAUAGAAAACCCUAGAAUGCCUAAAUGUGCUAUAAAACUAUUGUAGAUGUUCACUGGAUUUUACAAAGUAAUAGCCUUUCUCCUCUUCCAUCUACUGUGGCUUUUCAGUUAAGAUUUUGUUUAUAAAAGGAAUUUAUUACAGUUCUA